CAAAUAAAAAAUUGAACUAGGGUUUUGUAGGUAUAAGAAGGUCCUUAUCUUGUUUCGUUGUUCUUCUUCUUCUUCAUUCACACUGAGGCUUACCCUUUUGUCCUAAAUCAUCACUCACCUUAAACCAACUUCACCAAAGAUGAAUCGUGAAAAGUUGAUGAAGAUGGCCGGUUCAGUUCGAACUGGUGGAAAGGGUACAGUUAGAAGAAAGAAGAAGGCUGUCCACAAGACAACAACUACCGAUGACAAAAGGCUUCAGAGCACCCUUAAGAGAAUAGGUGUGAAUGCCAUCCCUCAAAUUGAGGAAGUCAAUAUCUUUAAGGAUGAUGUUGUUAUCCAGUUCUUAAACCCCAAAGUUCAAGCAUCUAUUGCUGCUAAUACAUGGGUUGUUAGUGGUACUCCUCAAACAAAGAAGUUGCAGGAUAUUCUCCCUAGCAUUAUCCAUCAAUUAGGACCAGAUAAUUUGGAAAAUUUGAAGAAGCUAGCGGAGCAAUACCAGAAGCAAGCUCCUGAAGCAGGUGCUGCUGGUUCAGCCACAGCACAAGAGGAGAAUGAUGAUGAUGUUCCAGAGCUUGUCCCAGGAGAGACUUUUGAGACAGCUGCUGAGGAGGCCAAGGAUAGUUAGAGUGUGUUAUUGUGCCAUCUGUUUUUUUUUUUUUUUCAAAAAAAAAAAGAAAAUCUUGAUUUUCAUAUUUAAGUAUUUCAGGUUGUUUAGUUCUCCUGUCAUAUACUUUUAAACAGUCCGAAUACUUGAAUUAAAUCUGUUUUCCUUCAUUUAAUUUGAAGUAUUGCUUAUUCGACCACA